UACGUUUGUUUUGUUUAUUUUGUUUUGCUCGGACAUGUUUCCCUCAAAAAAUAACUGUGUUUUUUAAUUAGUGCAAAAAUUAGUUUUUAUGUGAAAAAAUGGAAGAACCUACUUAUUCCCCUGGAGAUUUAACCCAGGAAGAUAUAACCCAGCUAUCACCGGAAUUUUUACAAAGAAAAUUGUAUUUCCUGGUAGAUCAACUCAAGUCCAUGCAUGCCAAUUUACCAGAGAUCUAUCAAUCACGCAUUUCCUAUGAACUACUCACCGAAUUAGCCAAUUCCCUGCUAAAUGACACCAUUUUCGAAAUAGUUAAAGGUUUAAUGGAAAUCCAGCAUGUUACAGAAAAACAUCUACAUCAAUUACGCGAACAGGUCGAGAAUGAAUAUGAAAUUGAGGUUCAAGAAUGGAUUUCCAAAAUCAAUGACCAAGAAGAAUUGCAGCACAUUUUGGAGUUGAUGAAAAUCAAACAUAAUCGUAAAUUAAAAGAGACUGAUAUGAAAUUGAUAGCAUUGCUGGAUCAAAAAGUACGUGAUCAGCAAUCGACUUUACAUAAGGCCGGAGUGGCGGGUUUUUAUGUCACGGACAACCCCAAGGAGAUUAAGAUACAAAUGUUUUUACUGGAUUUUAUAUUACGUUUAUCGAGAAUUAAAUUUGAGCCGAAUAAGUAAUAAAGGAAUAAAGUCUUAUUUUAGCUUAUC